AGAUCAGCUGUUUUAGUGUAUCGUUUACUGCUCAUCUCUAAGGUAACUCGCAGCAAUGGGCGGACAUCACGGCGAACCCUACACGGUGCCCCACGCAUCGACCUACAAGGUGGAGAACGUGCCCCAACUCGUGGAGGUGAAGGAGGCUCUGGGCCGCCAGGGAUUAAAGGAUCCAUGGCUGAGGAACGAAGCUUGGCGCUAUGAGCCCAAGGCCUUCGGCACCCACAGAUCCCGCCUGAACACCUUCCUCUUCCGCGGACUCGGCGUGGGAUUCUGCGCUUUCCUGGCCACCGUCGCCGUGGAGUACGCGCUGGGCAUUGGCAAGGGUCAGGGCGGCCAUGGACAUGGCCACGGACACGAGGAACACGGAGAUAAGGGCCACCAUUAGAUGUACUAAAUAAACCCAUUGUGCUAUCGCUCCAA